AUGUCAGUUGGGAAAGGAGCUGCCGGGCACCGGCUUGGUAUGCGCGAAGUCUCUGUGUUGUACAAGCGAUACAAAACUCGGAAGCAACCAAACAGAACAGCCGGAUCACCUACCACUAACCCUGCCAGUCGGAGCCCUUCCCCGGAGCCCAAGCUCACUCCAUCCGAAUUAGCUCUAGACAAUGAUUUGGAUGCGGAGGAAGCCCUUGAUCCAAAUUCAAACCCCCCUCUGUCGAGUCAACUACAAGGUCCUGUGUCUCUUUCAAAGGCGGAGAGUCGAGUGGAAGCUUUCCUGGCCAACUGGGCCAACCAGGCCAACUCAAUCGCGCAGACGUGCAAUUGCGAGAUGAUUGUCUUUGUGGUAUCAACACACCUCGGUCGCCACUCCUUCCAGCUCACCAAAUCAACCCAUCGCGCCUUGCCAUUUGUUGAGCUUGCUGACGAAGUCGACCAGCCUACCACCUACCCGGCUCGAUUUCAGGCAAGUUUGGUUGGUACUUCUGCCUCGGACCUUGCUAAGCACAACAAGCCUUCCCGCCAGGUGCGCGCCCCACGCCCAAAUGUUACCGAAAGGAUGAUUCAAUUUGCGGUCAAAAAAACAAACAACGCCAUUGAUCAUUGGCCGUGGUCAGACAAUAAACAAGACCUUGCGCAAGUAGGUUACAGACUGGUUACCGAUCCUCGGCUGCGCACCCCUAUCAAGAUGUUCACCUCUAGACCAAGUCGUUGGCUUAAGGUGCAGUACAUCCAAACGUUAAACCUUGACCUCGACGAUGGUUACAUCAAUAUUGUCCCCCUUGACAGCACUAUUCCUGUCAGCUCGACUGACACUCCUAUCCCAUACCCCAGUCUUCAGCGAUCAAUGCCACCAAUUGAAGACUCUUGA